UGUUCUUCUGCACAUCCUCAGAUAUCAGGCUGCAACAGAGACACUGAGUCCACCAAGAGCUUCAGGCCACACCAGACUAACCUGCAAGAAUGUCUCGGUACCUGGAUAUAACAGAAUUUGGAGACGCCGCUCUGUUCCUUCGUCUCACCAACCUGGAGCAGUUGGCUGCAAAGGCCCAGACUUUUGAUGGUACAAAGCGUGUUUGGAUGCCUGAUGAAAAUGAAGCAUAUAUUGAAGUGGAGGUCAAAGAAGUGAAUGGAGACAAGGUCACUGUGGAGACAAAGGAUGGGCGGUUUCUGAUCGCAAAAGAAAACGACCUCCAGCCCAUGAACCCUCCGAGGUUCGACAUGAUCGAGGACAUUUCCAUGUUGACUCAUCUAAACGAAGCCUCGGUCCUCUUCAACCUGAGGAGGAGAUACAGCAUGUGGAUGAUCUAUACUUACUCUGGUCUGUUCUGUGUGACAAUCAACCCGUACAAGUGGCUGCCGGUUUACUCUCCUGUGGUGGUAAUGACCUAUAAGGGGAGGCGCCGUAGAGAAACUCCGCCCCACAUCUACGCCAUCGCCGACAACGCGUACACCGACCUCCUGCAGAAUCGAGAGAACCAGUCAAUGCUCAUCACUGGCGAGUCCGGCGCGGGAAAAACGGUCAACACCAAGCGGGUGAUACAGUACUUCGCCAUCACCGCUGCUCUGGGAGAAAAUGUGAAAAAAGGAGGAUCAUUGGAGGACCAGAUCAUUGAAGCCAAUCCAGCCAUGGAGGCGUUCGGCAACGCCAAAACCAUCCGCAACGACAACUCCUCCCGUUUCGGAAAGUUCGUCAGAAUUCAUUUUGGGACGACAGGGAAGCUGGCGUCUUCCGACUUCGAAAUCUAUCUUCUAGAGAAGUCCAGAGUUGUUUUCCAGCAGCCAGAAGAGAGAAGCUACCACAUCUACUACCAGAUCCUGUCCAAUCACAAGCCAGAACUGCAAGACAUGCUGUUGUUGACCACCAACCCCUACGACUACCACUUCUGCUCUCAAGGGGUGACCACAGUGGAGGGCAUUAACGACGGGGAGGAGCUGAGGCUUACCGAUGUAAGAGAGCAAACUCUCAUCCCAAAGAGACACACUGAUGUCCCCGAUGUUGCACUAACUCUGAUCUCUGCAUGUGUGCAGCACGCCAUGGACACGCUGGGCUUCACUCCAGAGGAGAAGUACGGUUGCUAUAAGAUCGUGGGAGCCAUCAUGCACUUUGGUAACAUGAAGUUCAAGAAGAGGCAGAGGGAGGAGCAGGCCGAGGCCGACGGCACCGAGAGUGUGGAUAAAGCCGCCUAUCUGAUGGGCAUUAGUUCUGCUGACCUGCUCAAAGGCCUCCUGAACCCCCGCGUCAAAGUCGGAAACGAAUUCAUUGUGAAAGGACAGACUGUGGAACAGGUUAACUUUGCAGUUGCAGCUCUGGCCAAAGCCACCUAUGACCGUAUGUUUAAGUGGUUGGUUAGUCGUAUCAACUUGUCCUUGUACACCGCUCUGCCUCGUCAGUACUUCAUUGGAGUCCUCGACAUUGCCGGCUUCGAGAUCUUUGAGUUCAAUAACUUUGAGCAGCUUUGCAUCAACUUCACCAAUGAGAAGCUGCAGCAGUAUUUCAACCACCACACGUUCAUCGUUGAGCAGGAGGAGUACAAGGCUGAGGGAAUAGAGUGGACCUUCAUAGACUUUGGUUUGGACUUACAGCCCUGCAUAGACCUCAUAGAGAGGCCCAUGGGUAUUCUGUCCAUCAUGGAAGAGGAGUGUAUGUUUCCUAAAUCCACGGACCAAAGCUUUAAAACCAAGCUCUAUGACAAUCAUCUUGGGAAGUCGGCCAACUUCCAGAGGCCAAGGCUGGACAAGAAGCGCAAAUAUGAGACGCACUUCGAGGUGGUUCACUAUGCUGGAGUGGUGCCAUACAACAUCACAGGCUGGCUGGAUAAAAACAGAGAUCCUCUGAAUGAGACGGUGGUGUCUCUGUUCAAGAAAUCCGCCAACAAACUGAUGGCUGGACUGUUUGAUAACUACAUCAGUUCUGAGAUGGCCUGUGAUCCGAAGAGUGAAAUCAAACACAGGAAGAGGAAAGCAGCUUCCUUCCAGACAGUUUCACAGCUACACAAGGAGAAUCUCAAUAAGCUGAUGGCUAACCUCCGCAGCACUCAGCCUCACUUUGUCCGCUGCAUCAUCCCCAAUGAGAACAAGAGUUCAGGUGUGAUUGAUCCCUUCCUGGUCCUCCACCAGUUGCGGUGUAACGGAGUCCUCGAGGGGAUCAGGAUUUGCAGGAAGGGUUUUCCAAACCGUAUUGUGUACGCCGAAUUCAGACAACGUUAUCGCAUCUUGAAUCCUUCUGCGAUUCCGGAGGAUUCAUUUGUGGACAGCAGGAAGGCUGUGGAGAAACUGCUGGGUUCUCUGAACAUUGACCACACCCAGUACAAGUUCGGACACACAAAGGUGUUUUUUAAGUCAGGCCUUUUGGGUAUGCUGGAGGAAAUGAGGGACACCCGACUGUCUGAGAUCCUCACCGUCGUCCAGGCCAUGUGCAGAGGGAAGCUGCUGAGGAUCCAACGACAGAAGAUGAUGCUGCAAAGAGAUGCUUUGAUGGUGAUCCAGUUCAACCUCAGAGCCUUCUUCUCAGUGCGGAAAUGGCCAUGGAUGAUGUUGUUCUAUAAGCUUCGUCCCCUUCUGAGGAGCGCCCAGGUGGAGAAAGAACUGGCUGCUCUAAACGAAGAUUUCAACAAACUAAAAGAGGCUUUCGACAGAUCGGAGGGGAAGCGUGAGGAGGCAGAGGAGAAGCAGGUGGUGUUGGUCCAGGAGAAAAAUGACCUGAAUCUGCAGCUCCAAGCUGAGCAGGACAACUUGACAGAUGCAGAGGAUCGCUGCAAUCAGCUGAUUCAAUCCAAAAUCUCUUUGGAGUCCAAGCUGAAGGAGAUGCAGGAGCGCCUGGAGGACGAGGAGGAGGUUACUGCCACCCUGACGUCCAAGAAGCGGCAGCUGGAGGAGGAGGUGACGUCGCUGAAGAGAGACGUGGACGAUCUGGAGAUGACUCUGGCUAAAGUGGAGAAGGAGAGACAUGGAGUGGAGAACAAGGUGAAGAACCUGUCCCAGGAGAUGUGCGUUCUGGACGAAUCGAUAGCGUCUCUGAACAGAGAGAAAGGUGCCCUGCAGGAAGCUCACCAGCAGGCUCUGGGCGACCUUCAGGCCCAGGAGGACAAAUGCAACAUGCUAGCCAAGGCAAAGGCUCGACUUGAGCAGCAAGUGGACAAUGUGGAAGGUUCCUUGGAGCAGGAGAAGAAGGUGCGGAUGGAACUGGAACGAAUCAAACGGAAGCUGGAGGGGGAUCUGAAGAUGUCCAUGGAUUCAGUGAGGGACUUGCAGAACCAGAAGGAGGAUCUGGAGGAGAGACUGAAAAAAAAAGACUUUGAAUUGGUCCAGCUUCAGUCUAAAAUGGAGGAUGAGCAGAGUUUGGUGACUCAGCUUCAGAAGAAGGUCAAAGAGCUUCAGACUCGCAUCGAGGAGUUGGAGGAGUCACUGGAGGCCGAGCGGGCGUGGCGCUCCAAGGCCGAGCGUCAGAGGAACGAAAUCGCUAGAGAGCUGGAGGACCUGGGAGAGAAACUGGAGGAGGCGGGAGGAGCCUCUGCUGCUCAUAUUGCUCUUAACAGGAAGCGUGAGGCAGAUUUCAUAAAGAUGCGGCGGGAGCUGGAGGAGGCGGGGCUUCACCACGAGGCGACGGCCGCCACUCUCAGGAAGAAGCACUCGGACAUGGUGGCAGAACUCGGCGAGCAGAUUGACGCUUUGCAGAGAACCAAAUUGAAGCUGGAGAAGGAGAAGGCCGAGUUCAGGCUGGAGGCCGACGACCUGGCUGCAAACGUGGAGCAGCUGUCCAGGGCCAAGGGAACUGUGGAGAAGAUGUGCAGGGUUUAUGAAGACCAGCUAAAUGAGAGCAGGAGCAGAGCUGAGGAUCUGCAGAGACAACUGACCGAUGUCGCUGCUCAGAAAGCACGAGCACUGACUGAGACUGCCGAGUACAGCCGUCGUCUGGAUGAGCGAGAGACUAUGGUUGGUCAGCUGCAGCGCUCGAAGGCGGGGCUUUGCCAGAACUCUGAAGAUUUGAAGAGGCAGCUGGAGGAGGAGAACAAAGCUCGUGCAGCGCUGGCUCACUCGGUGCAGUCGUCCCGUCACGAUAGCAUCCUGCUCAGAGAGCAGCUGGAGGAGGAGCAGGAGGCCAAGGCUGAACUGCAGAGGGCGCUGUCUAAAGCCAACACCCAAGUGGUUCAGUGGAGGGCCAAGUACGAGACCGAGGCCGUGAUGAGAAUAGAGGAGCUGGAAGAAGCAAAGAAGAAGUUAGUUGUAAAGCUGCAAACUGUUGAAGAGACUGUGGAGGCGUCUCAGGCCAAGUGUUCCUCACUGGAGAAAACCAAACUGCGUCUGCAGACAGAGAUUGAAGACCUGGUGGUCGAAGUGGAUCGCUCCAACGCUGCUGCUGUGGCUCUGGACAAGAAGCAACGCAACUUUGACAAGUUGUUGAGUGACUGGAAGCUGAGGUUUGACGAGAGUCAGACGGAGCUAGAGUCAUCCCAGAAAGAGUCUCGCAGUCUGAGCACGGAGCUCUUCAAACUGAAGAACUGCUACGAAGAAGCUCUGGACCAUCUGGAGACCGUUAAAAGGGAAAACAAGAACCUACAAGACGAGAUCCAUGACAUGACUGACCAGAUCAGUCAUGGAGGGAAGGCUAUCCAUGAGUUGGAGAGGGUGAAGAAGAUCCUCGACGUGGAGAAGGGUGAUAUCAGAGCAGCUCUGGAAGAGGCAGAGGGCAGUCUGGAGCACGAGGAGAGUAAGACCAUGAGAUUUCAGAUGGAGCUGCAGCAGACAAGGUCCGAGAUUGAGCGCAAGAUUGUAGAGAAGGAUGAAGAAAUCGACAACCUCAGGCGGGGCAACCAGCGCUCCCUGGAGACCAUGCAGGCCAGUUUGGAGGCAGAGGUUCGCAGUCGCAGCGAGGCGGUUCGUCUGAAGAAGAAGAUGGAGUGUGACCUGAACGAGAUGGAGGUUCAGCUGGGACAUGCCAACAGACAGGCGGCCGAUAGCCAGAGGAUCAUCAGACACCUGCAAACACAGGUUAAAGAGCAGCAGGUGGAGCUGGAAGAUAAAUUCCAGCUGACCAAUCAGCUGAAAGAACAGAUCGCGCUGUUGGAUCGACGCUGUUCUCUGAUGACGGCUGAGGAGGAGGAGCUGCGUGUGGUCCUGGAGCAGACGGACCGGGGCCGCAAGAUGGCCGAACACGAGCUGGUGGAGGUCACAGAGCGGGUGAACCUGCUCCACACGCAGAACGCAGGUCUGAUGAACCAGAAGAAGAAGAUGGAGGCCGAUCUGUCUCUUCUGACCGGAGAGAUGGAAGAGGCGGUGCAGGAGAGUCGCAGCGCUGAGGAGAAAGCCAAGAAGGCCAUCACUGAUGCGGCUCUGAUGGCGGAGGAGUUGAAGAAGGAGCAGGACAGCAGCAGCAUGAUGGAGAGAAUGAAGAGGAACAUGGAGUCAACAGUGAAAGAGCUGCAGGUCAAACUGGACGAGACGGAGCAGAUGGCGCUGAAGGGAGGAAAGAAGCAGCUUCAUAAGCUGGAGACAAGAGUGAGGGACCUGCAAACGGAGCUGGUUGUGGAGCAGAAGAAGAGCGAGGAGUACCACAAAGGAGUCCGUCGCUACGAGAGAAGAGUCAAAGAGCUGUCGUACCAGUCGGAGGAGGACAGGAAGACUCUGCUCAGGAUGCAGGAGCUAAUCGACAAGCUCCAGACCAAAGUCAAGGGCUACAAGAGACAGGCUGAGAACGCUGAGGAGCAGGUGGGCAGCAGCACGCUGCGUUACAGGAAGAUCCAACACGAGCUGGACGACGCCGAGGAGAGAGCGGACAUCGCUGAAACGACUGUCAACAAGCUGCGCAUUCGAACUCGCGAACAGACCAGCAAGGUCACCGUCGUAAGUCGCACGAUCGCUGAGUGAAGCUUCUGUGCCUCUUCGUGACGCCAUCAGUGUGCUGUUGGUGUUUGUGGCGUCUCUGGUGUUCGAUUGCUGUGUGUUUUUGUCUGAUGUGUUUGCUCUGUAUUGUCCAGCAUCAUGACAGGGGGGGAUAUUGUUUGUAUCCACGUCAGUAGGUUUCUAUAUUCAUCCACCACAAAGCAUAUGAGUGCACUGGUUUGUACAGGAAGUGUUGAUGGCAGCGAGUACGUGCGAAAGCUGGAGUCAGCCGAGCGGAGUUUACAGUUUGUAGUCAUGGAAGGUCUCCGCAGAGAGUGAGCACAGCUACAGUAACACUCAAGGGAAAAACAUGUCAGUCAGGACCAAUGACUGCAAAGUAAAGAUGGACGACCUGGCAGAUCCUUAAAAAGUAGAGCCAAAUCAUCUGGAUUGCCCCCUGCUGGCUGGCUGCAGUAUAUAUCAUAAACCCCGCCUCCAGUCAUCUGUAUAUGCAGACAAUGAUAGUCUCUACAUAGUUAUUUAUCUUCUGUAUAUACAGUCAUCAGUCGUCUGUGUAUACAGUCAUUGACCGUCUUUUUAUACAGUCAUUGAUCUUCUUUACUGAAUAUACAGUCUUUGGUCAGGCCCUGUUCAGACCUGGUAUUGACAUGUGUCUCUGGCGAUCUAAUCGAGUGUUCAGCUCCGAGUCUUGGCAGUUCACACCUGACGUCAGAAUGCGUCCGCAGUGACCACUUGCGAUCGUAUCUCAGUGAUCAGUUCACACCUGAACGUAGAGCUAUCGACUUGUGAUCAGCUCACCCAAGACACCAAACUGAACUACUUAUUAAGCACCUUUAAACCUGAUUUAAGUUAAAUUGUUAUAUUGUUGAUAUUAGCAGUGAACCACAUUACUCUGUGUAGCGUUUGAAUGUCUCUUGCAGUGGUGAACACGCUGAAAAUGAUCAAAUCUGACACUUUGUGCAGCUUUUUAGCCUAUCUUCUCUUUUAGCCUCACAUAUACAGUUCUGAAUGUUCAACUGCCAAAAGACAACAGCAGGCAGCCCAAGUAAAAAGUAAAUAAAAGUCCAAGCAGCAGACAGACACAGUCAGAGAGCAACAGGUGAACAUAGUGGAGCAUUUAGCAGCUGACGAGCCAGAUGUUUUCCUCGGGAGGUGGUGGAGACCAAACACAGAGCUACGAGAGAGAGAACACUGGAAACAAACACCACAUGAUUCAUGAUGUUGAUCUGUGACUGCUGUGUGUGGACAUAGGUAGCUGGUUACUAACAACUAUUCUAUAAUUUAAUGAUUCAUCAGGACUGUUUUCAGACUGUACAUCUAAUCUGAUCUGAGUAUUGAUGUGGUUUUUUUUUGAUUGGAUUGAAAUCUUCAGUGUAGUAAAGAAAAACUUUAAAAGAAAAUGGUUUGUGUUUGACUUGAUUUUGUCUUCUUGUAGAGAACCUUUAAAGUGGUUCUUGUUUAUUCAGGUUCAGCGGAUUACUCACUAGCAUGGAUCAGAUUUUAAAGUCACAUUAGACUGAAGAAAUAAUCCUUUCAAAAUGAAAGACCAUGCUUUUUGGAUUGCUAGAUGCUUUAAGGGUUGACCAACUCUAAACGCCAACAGACACGCUAACUUAAGUUUUUGACGAACACGUGUCAUCCUCUCUACAGCAGCAUUCAACAGACUUUGAACAGAAGAAUGUUCCGUUUGGCAUUCAACACUUUAUUCACAGACUAUAACCAAUCACUGUAUCCACAGGUCAGUGGGUGAAUGUACAGGUGUGUUAGAUCAGUAUCACUGGUUGCACGCCAUCAUGUGUCAUCAAGUGUCACCAUGAACCCUCCAUUGGUCCGAUCGUCCCUCCAUCCUCCAAUCAAAGUGCUCGGCAGUUUGUCCUUCAGUGUGUAUGUGUGUGUGUGUUUGUGUGUGUGUGUGUGUGUUCGUGUGUGUGUGUGUGUGUGUGUGUGUGUGUGUGUGUGUGUGUGUGUGUGUGUGUGUGUGUGUGUGUGUGAGAGAGAGAGUCGGUCCAGUCUCAGUUGGUCCAGAACGACCCGGUUCGAGUGCUCGUCGUUUUAAAAAAAACACACCUAAACAUUUA